CAUUAUUACUUGAGCGUACACUAUGUAACCUGAAUUAGCAAAGCAUGUGGGAAUUUCGAUUUAUGGAAACGCAGUUUGGUAUUAAACAGCAAACAGCUCUGUUCACCGACCCGUAGGACCGUGUUUGUUAUUCAGAUAUUCUUGAAGUCAUUUUGGGAUUUUUAAGUAGCUGGCAAAAACAUUCCAAUGCUUUUGCAUCAAUUCGCACUCUUCACGCCAUUUUUCUACGUGAUUUUUGGCGAAAUUUUACCUUCUCGAUCAGGGAAAAUGAGGCUGAAAUUAAAGACGCUGACUGUAUUAUGUGUGUGCGUGGGCUUGAUAGCACUUUGUGGCUAUUUCUACCGGGGAAUUAGCGGGGAAGAAGAUUAUGAUGGUCGGCUAGCUGCUCAAGGUGCUUUCGAUGACUCGAUACUACACGUGAAAGUACCGGGCCAGGUACGGCGGAAACAAGGCCCAAAGAGGGAGCGAUUGCAAAAUAUUCUUGAAGAAGAAAUUGUGGGUAAUCUCAUGAAACAGGUAGGAAAAGAAUAUAAACAUGUUGUGGAGAAAAAGGUGCACAGAGUUAACCCGCCAGCAAGAAAGGCGAGAAAGGAUUUCCCCGAACCAAUCAGCUUGAAGCCGCAGCAACCAAAGCCAGCUGACGGAAGGCAAAAGCUCCCCAAUGAAGCCCCCCUGAAGCCUCCAGUGGAUGCCCCUCGACCACAAGCACCACAGCGCCCCGCCCAGCCCCCCGCCCAGCACCCUGCCCAGCCCCCUGGUAAUAAUAAGCCCCGCCCUCCAGCCAUCAAUCAGCCAGCUCCCCAACCCCCUCAGCUCGACACACGUGACAUUAAUCAAGCACGACUUGAUGCAGCAAAACAAAAACAGUUGAAAGACAGAAUUAAACUGGAGCAAUCCCAGCAUGCAGCUCAACAUAAACAGGAAGUUAACAUGGCAGGUGCUUCUGGGAAGCCGCCAGGAUCAGACUCUGUGAUUAAUCUAUCAGUGGUAUGCUGCGGAGAUAGAACCAACGAGACGCUCGUCAUGUUGAAAAGUGCGACGGUCCUCACUCAACAAUUGAUGCAUUUUCACAUCUUUGCUGAAGACGAAUUACAGGCUGGAAUCGCUCAGAGGCUGAAUGCGUGGCCCUCCGUUUACCGGCGUAAAUUUGCUUUCAGUCUUCACCCGAUAUCGUUCCCGCCCGGAGAAGAUCCAGCGAAAUGGAAGAAAGUCUUUAAGACGUGCGCUACCCAACGGCUCUUCCUCCCUGAUCUCCUACCGAAUGUAGAUUCCCUGCUGUAUGUGGACACGGAUAUCUUGUUCAUCCGCCCAGUAGAGGAGAUUUAUAGUUUCUUCAAGCAAUUCAAUUCCACUCAGAUGGCGGCCCUGGCCCCUGAACACGAGGCGAAGAACAUUGGAUGGUACAACCGUUUUGCGCGGCACCCUUACUACGGUGAGACAGGAAUGAACUCUGGCGUGAUGCUGAUGAACUUGACUCGGAUGAGGCGCUUUGGAUGGACGCAGACGAUUGUUCCUCUGUAUCAUGAAUACAAGCUCAAGAUUACAUGGGGAGACCAGGAUCUAAUCAAUAUACUAUUCCAUGACUAUCCACAGGGACUUUUCCCCUAUGCGUGCGAGUGGAACUAUCGGCCCGACCAUUGCAUGUACUCCAAUAACUGCCAUAGGACGAAUGAGCAUGGGAUAGCGGUCAUACACGGGAACAGAGGGGUUUAUCACAACAUGAAGCAGCCGGCUUUCAGAGCUAUCUAUGAGUCUUUUAGAGACUAUACUUUUGGAGCGGACCUCGAGAAGGGUUUGAUCGAGCCACUUAAGCAUCACCUAACCGCACAUAACAUAGAGAAGAACUAUUGUGCCAAAGCAGUCUUUGAACCAGUCACUUCAACACUAAGGAAAUAUGCAGACCAGGUUAUUCCCAUCAAAGAUCCUGUAUGAUGAAGCCUACAUUGGCAGGAAGAUGUGUGACUCCAGGGAUGAAAAUGGGGUCUUUAUAACAGUCACUUCUAAAGUAAAGAGACAAUCUGACAAAGUUAAUUCCACUAUAAAGCUCCUGUAUGAUAAAGCCUACAUGCGCAGAAAGAUGUGUUACUCCGGUAAUGUAUAUGUAGUCUUUAUAACAGUCACUUCUAUAGUAAGGAGACACUUAGACCAAGUUAUUUCCACUAAAACUCCUGUACGAUAAAGCCUUUAUGUAUACAGGAUGAUUUGUGACUUCAGCAAUACAGUAGGAGACACAUAAUAUCUAAAUAAUCUAGAUAUUUGCAGGUGAUUUGCCUGAGAGUUUCCAAUGUGAUUUCAAAGUUUUUAACGUGACCUCUGGCACUCCCUGUGCAGGUCACGUGAAUAUUUGAUUUGUACAUAAAUUCGGAUUGCUAGUAGAUCUAGUAGUACACCGAGGUCCUUUUCAAAGAGAUUAAUCUACCUUUGCCUCGAUCACUGUCUGUAUUAAAAAUAAUAAUAAUAAUACUCAGUUUUUGUAUAGAGCUUAUUACAAUCACGAAGCGCUUCCAAACUUGUAGGUUAUUACCCCUGCUUUAGCCGUGCUGCCAUUAUGGCGCUCUAGCAUUUCAAAGAAUUAAUUCCUGCCAGGUACCCAUUUACAUCACCUGGGUUGAGUGUGGCAAAUGUCGAUGAAUGUCUUGCCAAAGGACAUUAGUGCUGUGACGUGUCUCGAACCGCGGACCUUAAGAUCCGACAGUCCAGCGACUUAACCACUCAAGGACUACUUGAGAUGCUAUUAAUGACAGCCAUGCUGAUAAUCAUUUAGUGCCAGACAAUCUGACAGACGUGAAGGCUUUACAAGAAUCCACUAUUAUUAUUAUUACUAUUACAGCAUUAUUAUUAGUAUCAUUAUUAUCAAUGGUGAAGUAAUAUAAAACAUGGGGCAUGGCUGAAAUUAGCACCAGCACCUUGCUAUACGUGUACAGCUAAAUUAAAUCUUUUGGACAAUGUCCAUUUAUCUGUAAAGCUUCCUUUUACCACCUUCAUUCCUAUUUCUAUAUUUAUUCAAGAAAGGAUGAACAAACUGUAUCUGUGUCUGUUAUCUUCAUGUAUUUUAUAGUUUCUGAGAUUCUUGUGUGUCUGAGUUAAAGGGGAAUUCCACCCUUAGAAUAAGUUUGUUUUAAUAUUAGGAGAAAAUGAGAACAGAUCAGUGAAACUUUGAGAAAAAUCGGACAAUAAAUGAGACAGUAUUGGAUAUUUUAAAUCCAUAGCUUUUCAUGAAAUACUUCAAAUCUGUGAGUCAAAUUGGCCACCCGGUCUCUAAAUAUGAUGUCACCCCCUCAUAUUUUAUUAUAUGUUGAAUGCAAGAAAUUUCAUUAAAUUUUAUUUUGAUCAAAAGAUAUAUUUUGUCCUGCCUAUCUUGAUCAAAUAUCACAGAUAGCAUGUUCUUUCGUACAAAUCCAUAUAAGAUGGGUCUACUACUUUAUUAACAUUCAUAGAAAUGGAGAGUUUAUGUCAUUCUGUCAUUCAGAUCAGUGGUGAAUUUUGAAGGGAUGACAUCACAACAUUCUGACUGAAUUGUCAUUUAGUCUCACAGAUUCCAUGUUUUUCAUGAUUUCAACAGAUUCAUAACUUUCUUAUUUGUUGUCCGAUUUUUCUCAAACUUUCAGUGAAUUGUUUCUCAUAUUUUUCUACUUCUAUUAAAACCAAUUUUAUAUCAGGGUGGAAUUCCCCUUUAACUAUUAUGCGUGAUUCUAUGCAAUGUUUCCCUUUAAUACGACAUAUGACAUCACUUUAAUUCAUCUCGAAAAUUUCCUGUUAUAACCGCUAGCUGAUAGUUAUUUAUGAUAACACUAGCGAUCGAUCGUCUCAAGAUAUUUUCACUUUUUUGACGAAAUUGAAAAAAAGACAUAUUUCCUAAGUGAUACAUUGCAUACAGAAUCGCCCUUUAACAGUUUCUGUUAUAUAACAGUACAGAUAUUGGAGUGCCACAAUCGACUUUUGUCACACAAACAGUGUGUGUAUAAAUAAAUAUAUUUACUCCAGACAAUGUAGUAGCAUGGGGUUUUGGUCUUUAGUAUGUAAAGAAUACAAAUCAUUUUUGUGUGCAGAGAGCCAGUAGGGCAUUAACGUUAAGGAGGUGCGAUGGCUCAGUGGUAGAUCAGUGGUCUCAAAACCGGGACGUCAAGGGUUCGAAAGCAGGUCGAUGCGCCAGUGCCCUUUGGUACUGGUGCAUCCUUAUUACCAUGUCCCUCAGAGAGGACUUAAAGCCGUCGGUCCCCUUGUUUGCAUACUUACAAUCAUUCACAUGCUUUCUUAGCAUUCAGGUAAAACAAACAAAGU